GCGCUUUUAUUCUGUAUGGCCUACCGGAACGACAACAUAUUACACACGCUUGCUCGUUGAGUGUGACGUGGCUCGACAUUCUUUUAAGCUCUAACUGCUAAAACGCACCACAGGAGAGUUGUAAUACUCUGCGAAUACCCUCGAAACCUGAAGAGACAUUCAGUGGAAGAGGUUGACCGUCGCUCCAAGUCUGAAAGUACUCUCAGCAGGAAUGAACUAAGGAAACCAUGUCGGACAUUGAAGAAAGCGGCUCUGAGGUGGCUCCUGCUGAGGCGUCCGACACCCAGUCUCCAACCUCCCUGGGCUCUCCCAGCUCCCCAGACGUGGCGACAGAUGUGGCCCCCACCAGAAGAGCCAGGAGGAGACCAGAACCUAAACCUGCAGAGGUGGUGGAAGAGAAAUCCCCGGAAGAGGAGCAGCCAGCGAAGACUCCGACUGAGACCACUGUUGCUCAGGGAGGGUGGGGCAGCUGGGGCAGCUGGGGCAAAUCCCUGUUGUCCACAGCAACAGCCACCGUCGCAACUGUGGGUCAGGGACUCAGUCAGGUGAUCGAGAAAGCAGAGACCUCACUGGGAAUCCCUAGUCCCACGGAGCUGUCGGCCCAAGUGGAGGAGGAGGAGAGAGAACAGAUGGAGUCCAGCGCAGAAGCAGGCCUGGAUGCAGCAGACGGUGCGUCAGCGGUGGAAAGUGCGAUGGGAAUGCUGACCUCCCUCACCAGCGCGGUCCAGAUCACGGGGAAGACCGUGCUUAGCGGAGGUCUGGACGCUCUGGAGUUUAUUGGUAAGAAGACCAUGGAUGUGAUCGCUGAGGGAGACCCUGGUUUCAAGAAGACCAAAGGGCUUAUGAAUAGAAACCUUACGCUGUCUCAGGUGUUGCGGGAGGCAAAGGAGCGUGAGGAGCAGCAGACGGAGGACGAGUCCAUGUCGGAGAAGAAGCCUUUGGCUCACUACGGCGUCUUGUUUGACCAGUUCCAGGGUCUGUCCCACCUAGAGGCUCUAGAGAUCCUGUCCCGGGACAGCGAGUCCAAGGUGAAGUCGGUGCUGACCACUCUGUCAGGGGACGAGCAGCAGCAGCUGCGUGAGGAUCUGAAGCUCAUCAAAGACUCGUUCUCCAUGAUGGACUUCGAUGACGACGAGCUGGAUGAGAAGCACGACCAGGACGGGUCUGAGUUCCAGAAGGAGCUGGAAGAGGUGCUGGAAGGGAUCACUGUUUCGGGCCCUGUGGACAAACUGUGCAAGGCUUCUAAGGAUGCUCGUAACCAGGCCCUGGUCUCCACUGGAGAAGGUGAGGACCAGAGGAUGACAACUGUGGAGGACAUCCACGCCGCAGGGAUCAGGAGUCUGGCUGAGCUCACAGCCGGAUCCAUCGAGCUCUUCCACAAGCUGGCCGAGAUGAUUUUAACCUCCAGAGUUGAUCCAGCUGCCUCUGUGCUGUCCCAGUUGACCGUCGUCCUGUGUCGGGAGCUGUCACUGCUGUCCAGGAAGUUCACCUCCAGCCUGACAUCAGCUGCUUCCAACGAGAAGGGCGAUGUUCUGAACCCGCUUAUCACCGGAGUCUUCCUGGAGGCCUCCAACAGCGUGUCCUACAUCCAGGACGCCUUCCAGCUGCUCCGGCCCAUCCUGGAGGUUUCCCACAUCCAGAGACGAUCACUAACAACCGAGUGACCAUUGGCUCGCUGUCACGACGCCAUGCAGCCAAACAGUGUUAACGCCCACUCACCUGACAUUCAGGUCACAUGACAGGGACAGUGUGGUGUAAGGGCAAUGGGGGGAGAGGAGGCUGCCGAAUUAUGACAUUAUUUACAAACAAAAUCUAAUAAAUGAUUUGAAAGUCAGUUCAUAAAACAGGCUCAGCCAGGAAAACAUUGUAAAAAUGUUUUGAAAUUGAAAUGUGACCUUUUAGAAUCAGUCAUACAUGUUAACAUUUGUAUUUAAAUAUUGGGGAAAUAAUAAAAAAAGUCAUAUGAGAGGAAGGUAGGUUUAAAUGUGUCAAAAACAGAGUGAAAGAAAUCUAAAAGAAAGACUGGUGUGUCACCUCUCAUGGGCAGGAACACGUCCCUGGACUCCUUCCCCUCUCAUGAGUCAUGACCUCUCGAUGUGAGCUGCCAAUCAGCAGCUGAGUGCUUCAUCAUGUGACCAUAGUCGUAAGGGACUCGGGCAAUGAUCGGCACAACUAUACCAAAAGACGGUCUGAACUUUACCAUAGUGUGACGUGUGAAUUCAAAAAUUCACAAAACUGAAGAAGGGUGGCGCUGCUGGACUCUCCUUUUAUCUGAAGUAUUUUUGAUAACAGCUAGUGUUGAAGCUUUAAUCUUCCUUUCAGGCCUAUCACGCUUUGAUUUAAUUUCCAUUUUUUUGUCUUACAAUUAUUGUUUUUUCACCUCUUCAGUAUGUUUGUCGUGCAUGUCAUUCAGCUGCUGACAAGUUCACUUCAAACUUGUCCACUAUUGAUAGAGACGUGUUCUCCCAACACAGAUCUGCCUGAAUUGGUCUACAACUUCUCAAUUCAUUCCUGUAACUGACAGAUUUUCAUUUUUUGUUCCCUCAACUGUCACAUGAAUAAAUAAAAAUGUGAUCUAUUCGGA